GGUGGGCGCUGGGAGCAGCGGGUCCGGGACCGAGCUCCCACCCCGAGGCUGUGAAGUCGCGCACCAGCGGAGGGGGAGGAGGGGCCGCCAAAAUCUUCCAUAGUCUCCAAGCGAGUGGGGAAAAAACAAAACAAAACAAAACAAAACAAAACAAACAAAAAACCGAAACCAAAACCUGCCUGCUUGUCCCGCCCCUCCGCGCGAGCUCAGCUAGAUUCCGGUGCCGCCAACCUCCGAGGGCGCGUCUCUGCUCCGCUAUGGCAUCACUUUUGAAUGUCAAGGAAUCCAAAACAGAAAGAACAGUUGUAGUUGCUGGCCUUCCAGCUGGCUCUUUUGAUGAUCUAUCGCUGACCACAUUAGUGAAGAUUCACUUCCAAGAUAUUAAUGAGGGUGGAGUUGUUGAAGAUGUGAUAUACCCAACAAGAACCAAAGGAGUUGCAUUUGUAACAUUCAAAGAUAAAAAAGUUGCAGAGAAUGUCAUCAGAAAAGAGAAACACUAUCUAGCAGAGGAGGUUGGACACAUUCCACUCAGAGUCUCUCGUUUGAGUGAAAAGGUCUUCAGCUCGGUCAGUGCUAUACUUGAUCUCUCCAUUUUUCAGAGUCAAGUCUUUCUGGAAUGUCUGGUAAGAGACCUGAAAAGGCAACAUCCAACUUUGUGCUUCAGUUCUUUGGAAGACAGCGCAAGAAUCUCCGUCCAAGGAUCAUUUCCGGCUCUCAAGAAGCUCAAAGAAUCUUUGCUAUUAAAAGCAAGUUCUCUUUUAGGAAAAAACAGGGGUUUUAUCAGUGAGCGGGAGAAGUGGAACAGACAGAGUCCCAGGAGGAGCCCACAGAGAAGUGACAACUCUCUGGAGACACUCAGGCGCUCGGUGCCCGAGACUCCUGGAAGUGGAGAAAUAGUUGUUCUCGACACGGAUGUUUUUCAGUACCUGAAAGGGGGCAAUUUUUAUAAAAGCACAUUGAAAAAAUAUCAUGUUCUAUGUCAGGAGAGAGUAGAUGGUGAAAUCACCACAAUUUGCAUAAGAAAUGCUCUAGUUGGUUCUCAGCCAAACCAUGAAAAACUUGUGAAACAGUUCUUUGAGAAAUAUUCACAUGCUCUUCACUUUGAGCUUAGAAAAGAGACAUUUGUUUUGGAAGGAAAGGAAAAGAGAGAGAAAAUCAAUAUUAAGCGGGCAUGUGAACAACUGAGUUCGAAGUACCUCGACGUCCUGAGUAAGUCUUAUGAGACACACAUUGACAUUAUAGGACCUUCUUCUGUCAUUUAUGAGUUUAAAAAAGAGGCCAUGAAAUUAAUAAGGCAAACAGUUAGGUAAUAGAAUCUCAGCAACAGGGGUGGUGAUGACGGUUGCUUUCCUUACUGAGCAGGGAUGACGCCGUGUAUAACGAACGCUAGCUUUAUCUCAUUUAAUCUUUGUGUCCCUGCCUCGUUGCAGGCAUUGCUAUCCUUACCUCCUGGGGGAAGGAACCAGGAUUUGGAGAGGUUAAAACGCUUUUCCAAGGUUAUCUCGGAACCCGGCUGGGGUUAAGCCCAGUUUAUGUGACUACAAAGAUAAUAUUUAAGAUAUAAAACUUUGGAAAAAAAAAACCCUCACUAAACGCUGAAGAAAUUUCACUUUCUCUGCAACCUCAAAUUCUUAGAAAAAGAAGUAGCCUUAAUUCUAAUAUGUGAGAGGUUUAGAUGAAGAUGAUGAUGUUAUUGGCUAUUUCUUAGCAUUUACAAAAUUUUCAUUUAUGCUAAAUAGAGUAAGAAUGCUGCCAAAAGUCACUUGAGAAGCUACUUGGGAAGUAUUUCUAAUAUAGGUUAAAUCAUUACUUGACUAAAUCCCACUGGUACAAGGUUACUGGACAGAUGGGACAUUUUUAUUUAGCCUAACUAAGUGCUUACAUAAAAUGUUCCUUCUCCUGUUAUAAUUAUGAAGACAGGGUAGUGUCUUUUUUCUUUGCUCCCCUUUUUAUCUUGUAACUGUAUUGUUAAAGCAACAGCAUUUGAGGAGUAAGAUCAUGCAUGAUGAGGACAAUGACAUACGUACUGGAAAUAUCCGGGGGAACAUUUUGUAAAGUGUAUGAUUGUCCGACCACUAUGACGUACACUGAAAACUAAUACAAUACAAUAUUGAAAGUAAGCUGUAAUGGAAAAAUUUUAAAGCGUCACAAUUUUCACAUAUGGAACUAAGAAAAAUUGCCCUGGCUGGGUAGCUCCGUUGGUUAAAGCGUCAUCCCAUAUGCAAAGGUUGUGGGUUUGAUCCCGAGUCAGGGCACUCACAGUCGACCAGUGAGUGCACGAAUACGUGGGACAACAAAUCGAUGGUUCUGUCUCCCUCUCUCCUUCAUUUUUCUCUCUAAAAUCAAUAAAUAAAAAAUUAAGAAAAUAAAUAAAAGGAAACAUUAACUGAUACAAAAGGAAUAACAAAUGCUACUCGCCAGGCAUCAUUUUAAGAGCUUUUCAUAUCUUGUGUUGUUUGGUUCUGACAGCAGCCCAGUGAGGCAGGUGCUGUUCUGCCCUUUUCACAGAGGAGGAAACUGAAGCGCACCCAUGUUAUGUCGCUUGCCUGUACUCUCAGUUACUAAACUGUGCUUCUCCCUGUCGUAGAGCUAGUUUCCUACAAUUCUACUGAAACAACUGAGAAGUGUUACCUUAAAGAUGACAGGAUAUGAAAAUUCUUUAGUGAAUAAGGGAAGGCAGGGAUUGUAAGUCAUUAAGUUGUCCAGGACUACCCUGAAUUUAACUUUGGGUGAAGCCGAUUUUAAGUAGCUGGGCCACUGAAGAGGGCCUUCCAGAAUAAUAAGAUGAAUACCUCUCACAUAGCUCCAAGUAGACAAUCGUGCUUAUGAUAAUUGGAAUUGUUUAUAUCAGUAGAAAAGAUUAAGGAGAACUUCUGUAUGCUUUCAUUGUUUUUUCUCAGCCGUCUAAAUCCAAAAUAUGUAACUAAUCUCUAUUUCUUUAAAUAUGACAUUUCAUUUCUGUAUGAAUAAACAAACACUUAUCAGGGGAAACAGCUGUUUAUAUCAAGCAACCCAAUAAAGUAU